CAGCCCGGUUCCGCUCUCGCUGGUGUGUGUCUGCCCUCGCCAGUGCGAUCGUCCGAUACGGGGAGGAAUGAAAGAGCAGGGCCCCCCCACUGAGGAAGUGAGAUGAUAACAUAACAGCAACCAGACUACAACAUUCGUCCGCGUCUUCACUCCCUGGACCGCGAUGCCGCCGCAACGAGUAUUCGCCCUACCGAGGCAACAAUCUCUGCUCCUGCCUGCGGUCAUCAACCCGUUUGUGCAGGACACAAAACUAACCAAAGCUGCUAUCAUUAAAUGUGUCCUCCUGGGAAUCUUCCUGGUCCCUCUUCGUGCCAUCCUGCUGUCCCUGGUUCUCAUGGUGACAUGGCCAGUGGCUGUCAUAAUAACCUUCAGGCAUCCUUUGAAAGGAGCUGUGGAGCCAAUGACAGGCUGGAGACGAUUCAUGUGUCGGAAGAUGAUGGCUGCCUUGGGGAGGACUUAUUACUUCUGCAUGGGCUUCAGAGUGGUGGUUAAGGGCAAGCAAGUCCACAGCAAUGAGGCCCCCAUCCUGGCUGUAGCCCCCCACUCCACCUUUUUCGAUGGGAUUGUGUGCAUUGUUGCAGGCCUACCCUCCACCGUGUCCCGUGUCGAGAAUCUGGCUACGCCCAUCUUUGGCAGGUUCGUGCGCUGUCUCCAGCCAGUGCUGGUGUCCAGACAGGACCCAGACUCACGGAAGAAUACAAUCCAAGAGAUUGACAGCAGAGCCAAGUCAGGAGGCCGCUGGCCACAGGUUCUGAUAUUUCCAGAGGGAACAUGUACAAAUCGCUCAUGUCUUAUCACUUUCAAACAAGGUGCCUUUAUCCCAGGAGUCCCUGUGCAGCCUGUGAUUAUGAGGUAUCCUAACAAACUGGAUACAGUGACUUGGACUUGGCAGGGUUUCAGCUCGAAGACACUGCUGCUUCUAACCCUGUGCCAGUUGUACACCACAGUAGAGAUAGAGUUCCUACCACCACAUAUCCCCACAGAAGAAGAGAAGAAAAGCCCGGCUCUGUUUGCCAACAGAGUCCGAGAAACUAUGGCCAGGGCUUUGGGAGUGCCAACAACAGACCACACAUAUGAAGACUGCCGCCUGAUGAUCUCGGCUGGCGAACUAACACUGCCCAUGGAGGCCGGCCUGGUUGAGUUCACCAAAAUUAGCCGCAAACUCCAACUGAAGUGGGACAAUGUGAGGAAAGAACUGGAAGGCUUUGCCUCUAUGGCCAGUUCCUGUAAGGGAGGACGGAUCACCAUUGAGGAGUUUGCCGGGUUCCUGAAGCUACCUGUCAGCUCAGCCCUUGAGGAACUGUUUGCGCUGUUUGACAGGAACGGAGAUGGCACUAUAGACUUCAGAGAGUACGUCAUCGGUGUGACCAUCUUGUGUCGACCAGCUAACACUGAAGACGUUCUUCGAAUGGCUUUUCAGCUGUUUGACACAGAUGAGGAUGAGAAAAUCACCCGAGAGGAGUUUACUGCCCUGCUGCGCUCCACUCUGGGUGUGUCAGAUCUAAACAUGGCCAAGCUUUUCAAGGAGAUUGAUGCUGACAGCUCCGGUUUCAUCACCUUCAAUGAAUUUCAAGCCUUUGCUAUGACCCACCCAGAGUACGCCAAGCUCUUCACCACCUAUCUGGAGCUUCAGAGAUAUCAGGCAAUCCAGGAGGCAAGGCCAGGUGACCUGGUACUGGCUGGUCAGACCAGUUUAGGGGAACAACAGGAAGACAGCACCUCUGACAAGAAAGAUGACUGAGAUGGACGAAAACCGUAAACCCUGACUGACAGAAAACUGUAUUCACUGCACUGAGAAAGAAAAGGCAGCAACUUUUAGCAAAUUCAAGUCGUUUGCUACAGCGGAGCCAUAUUUGCAUUGGUCGUGUGCUUGCAUUUUCUAGACAUGGUUUUUAGAGUGCGUAUAUUUUCGAUUUUAGUGCCUUAUAGAGAUUUUAAAGAACAGCUCCCCAAGUCACUGCACAACAAAUGUCUUGUUGAAGACUAUUUCCAUCUGUAAAGUUUGGUCUGUGUGUGCAUGUGUGUGUGUCUGUGUAUGUGCGUGCUUUUGUUACGUGUCCAGUGAGGGGGGGGGGUUAGUCAAGCUUGACAUGAAUAUGUCAGAAAACCCAGUGUUUCAAUUAACUGUCCAGACCCUGUGGUCUUUGGAGUUCUAAUGUUAGUGACGUGUUUUACGAGAUCCGUAAAUAUUUUCUCCAGAUCACCUUGAACUGCCUCGCCAUGUUUUUGACUUGGAUACACCAUUCUCUGUAGCCUGAGCUUACCCUUGCUUGGACUUAGGUAAACGUAGAUUUGCGUACCUCCUCCUUUGUCUUUGUGGUCUUCUGUAAACGAGUGGAAAAAUUGCCAAACCAACACCUUUUUAAAUAUAAGCAUAAGAGUCCUCAUGCUUCUGUGUUGCUGUAUAAUUAGUCUACAGUAAGCUUUAUUAAGAUCUUUCCAAUCUGGCAACAUGCAGAUGUCCUGUAUUAAAGCUAUGUCUACCAAGAGCAUACAUGCUGUGUAUUACACUUUUUUCCAGCGCUCAGGGACACAGACCAUGUAAGACGGCUGUAUAAUUAGCCAGAGGUUUGCUUUGCAUGUGUAUCUAUUUGCAUUUCUACUGAAGAUUGUUUUGCUGAGACAGCAGCACAUCUACGCAGCUUUAAGAUUACUAAAGCAAAUCAGCCAUUGAAAAUAGGGCAAUUUGUGAGCAAAAAGGCAACAGGGCUUCUUCACAACAGUAUAUUCCAGUGGGGUAUGCUUUCAGAUUAACUAGCAGCACUGUUAUUUAUUUAGCAGGGUGGAUUGCAAUUAUGUGAUUUUUUUUUCUUUUUUGUUAACUCGGCAAAGUUUGCUUUUUAAAAUAAAGCAAGGAUACAGUUUUAA